CCACGUUCCGUUCCCAUCACAAAUCAAUCUCCCUCUCUCUCUGAUCACAAAAAAUCGAAAACCACUGCACAGGUACGUCAUUUUCUCUCUUCCGAUCCAAUUCUUCGAUUCUCGAUUUCACUUUUUCGCCUAAUCUCAUUCUAAGAUGGGUGUGGCUCAGAAUGCUAGCGACAAUGACGACGGCACCUUGGAGAUAGGAAUGGAAUACAGGACUGUGUCUGGAGUUGCCGGACCAUUGGUCAUUCUUGAGAAAGUUAAGGGACCCAAAUAUCAAGAGAUUGUCAAUAUUCGUUUAGGCGAUGGAACUACCCGGCGUGGACAAGUUCUCGAGGUUGAUGGCGAAAAGGCUGUUGUUCAGGUAUUUGAAGGUACAUCUGGGAUUGACAAUAAAUUUACGACCGUACAGUUUACUGGAGAGGUGUUAAAAACUCCUGUAUCACUGGACAUGCUUGGGCGGAUAUUUAACGGUUCUGGAAAACCAAUUGACAAUGGUCCGCCAAUUUUACCUGAGGCUUACUUGGAUAUAUCAGGAAGUUCCAUCAACCCUAGUGAGAGAACCUAUCCCGAGGAGAUGAUACAGACUGGAAUAUCUACAAUUGAUGUCAUGAAUUCUAUUGCUAGAGGUCAAAAGAUCCCUCUAUUUUCAGCUGCCGGUCUCCCCCAUAAUGAAAUUGCUGCACAGAUUUGUCGUCAGGCUGGCUUAGUCAAGCGACUAGAGAAGUCUGAUAAUCUUCUUGAGGGAGGAGGAGAAGACGACAAUUUUGCCAUUGUUUUUGCAGCUAUGGGAGUUAACAUGGAGACUGCACAGUUUUUCAAGCGUGACUUUGAGGAGAAUGGCUCAAUGGAGAGAGUGACCCUUUUCCUUAAUUUGGCAAAUGAUCCUACAAUUGAACGUAUUAUCACUCCUCGUAUUGCUCUUACUACUGCUGAAUAUCUGGCUUAUGAAUGUGGCAAGCAUGUUCUCGUGAUACUCACAGAUAUGAGUUCUUAUGCUGAUGCUCUUCGUGAGGUAUCUGCUGCCAGAGAAGAGGUGCCAGGAAGACGUGGUUAUCCUGGUUACAUGUAUACAGAUCUUGCAACAAUUUAUGAACGUGCCGGAAGAAUUGAGGGGCGUAAAGGUUCAAUUACCCAAAUUCCAAUUCUAACCAUGCCAAAUGAUGAUAUUACACAUCCAACUCCUGAUCUUACCGGAUAUAUUACGGAGGGGCAGAUAUACAUCGAUAGGCAGUUGCAUAAUAGACAGAUAUACCCACCAAUCAAUGUUCUUCCAUCACUAUCUCGGUUGAUGAAGAGUGCUAUUGGGGAGGGAAUGACUAGAAAGGAUCAUUCUGAUGUGUCCAACCAGCUGUAUGCAAAUUAUGCCAUUGGAAAGGAUGUCCAGGCCAUGAAAGCUGUCGUCGGAGAAGAAGCACUUUCAUCUGAGGACCUGUUAUAUCUGGAAUUUCUGGACAAGUUUGAGAGGAAGUUUGUUGCCCAGGGAGCCUACGACACCCGCAAUAUAUUCCAGUCUCUAGAUCUUGCAUGGACCUUACUCCGGAUUUUCCCCCGUGAACUUCUUCAUCGUAUACCAGCCAAGACUCUUGACCAGUUUUACAGCCGAGAUGCUGGUAAUUGAUGAUCAGACAAGUUUGCAUACUGCCUUAGUCUCCUGCUCAAUCAGCGCCUAAUGUCAUGGGCAAUUGUUUUGUUUAUUUGCUUUCUCGCCUAGUCCGCAUUUGUUCUAUCCGUCAUAAAUAUAAUAAAGGUUAAGUCUGUUUUGAGUGCCUCAUUUUCGAGCCUGUUCAGUUAGUCCAAAAGAAGAACCCGUAGAUGUUGUGAUUCCUAUACCAUUUUUUACUUUUGGUUGGGCAAAAUAUUACUUGUGUUGCACACAGUUUGGGAUGGUUGGAAUUUGUGGACUACUUUCCCAGUGUAUGUUUGCUUGUUUCAUAAUCUUAUUCAUCUUGUAAUUUCAUUAUUUAGGAUAUUUAUUUGUAAUAAGGAUAGUUGUCACUUGGACACUUCCUUGAUGUAUUUAUCUGUUCGUUCUAUACUAUUUAUUAAUAAUUGAAACAAGCUUUAUUAGUC